AUGUUGCGAUUCGUCGCAACUUUGCAAUUGAUACUACUUCUUUUUUUAUUUGUAUCACCUGGCAAUGGUGACGAAACAAAGUGUACAAUUAGACCGUAUGAAGCGAAAGGUGAAGUUAGUCCAGGAAGUAAUGGAUAUUUAAUUGAAAUUAAUGGAACCUCCACUAAAUCAAUGGAUACGACAAAAGGAUUUGUUCCCGGAGAAGUAUAUAAAGUGUCAAUUCGUGGUUGGAGAACUCAAUACACAGUGAAAACAUUCCGUGGAUUCGUGAUUUCUUCUCUUUUUGAAGAUAACACAUCCGCUGGUUCAUGGGAGGUAGUCAAAGGACAUGGAGACGCAAGAAUCUCUCCAGGAUGUCGCCGUUCUGGUGUCUCUCAUGCAAAUUUGAAAUCGAAGACUUCUGUUCAUAUGAUGUGGAAAGCUCCUGAAGUAUCAACUGGAUGUGUCAUGUUCCGAGCAUCUGUUAUUGAAACCAAGUAUGUUUGGUUUACAGAAGCAGAGGGUCUCACUCUGAAAUUUUGUGUUCAGCAAGGAACCCAAAUUCUGAAGGCUGUCGAUGAUCCAUCCGCCACGUGUUGUGCGUGUGAUAUUGCUCAAUAUGAUCUAGAAUUUACUGGAAUCUGGAGCAAGAAUACCCAUCCAAAAGACUAUCCAACACUGGAACAUUUGACUCAUUUCACUGAUAUGUUAGGAUCUUCUCACUCUUCAAACUAUUCUUUAUGGGAAAUCGGUGGAAUUUCAACUGACGGAAUGAAAGAAAUUGCUGAAUGGGGAAACACUUAUAAAGCGGAAGGAGAGGCAAAGGCAAAGGCAUCGGAAGUUAGAAGUCUGAUGAAGGUCAAGGGAUUGUGGUUUCCAGAUGUUCAGGGAACUACUAAAUCUCAAUUCGUCGUCAAUAAAUACCAUCACUUUGUGUCCCUCGCCACAAUGUUUGGCCCAUCUCCUGAUUGGUGUGUCGGUCUCUCAUCCGUCAAUCUCUGUCUCCCUGACUGUACUUGGGUUGAGGAGAGGACAUUUGAAUUGCAGCCGUUCGAUGCUGGAACCGACUCUGGACCUGCUUAUAUGAGUCCAAAUGCACCAACCGAACCACGUGAACCAAUUCACUGGAUCACUACAAAAUUGAAUCCGCUGAGCCCAUUUUACAAUCAGAAUUCAGAUACUAUUCCAACUCUUGCAAAGGUUGUUUUGAGAAGGAAGAAUCUGACAUCUUCUGAGUGUAAAUCAGAUGAUAUUUAUAAAGCAGAAGCCCACAAUAUCACGAAUACAAGUGAAGAUGAAGAGUAUAAAGAUAGAAGAGAGUGUAUGAUGACUCAAUGGGAACCAUGGAGUUUGUGCUCAGCAACUUGUGGAAAAGGAAUCAGAAUUCGUAGUCGUGUUUAUGUGUUUCCAAUUAAGGCUCAAGUCUUCCAUUGCCACAGACAAACCACUGAAAAACAGUUUUGUAACGCGAAGAUCAAUGAAUGCGAAAAUUCCGAAGCAUUCAGUUCAAAAUGUCAAGUCAGUUCAUGGGGUGCUUGGGGCGAUUGCAGUGUUCAAUGUGGUCAUGGAAUGAGGAGUCGCAAUCGAACAUUCCUGAAUCCAGCGACAAAAGCAGGAGACUGUAGUGUGGAAUUGGAACGAAAAGAUAUAUGUGUAGGAGAGAACGGAGAUGAUUGUAAUGUGACUCCGGAUCCAUUAUGUAAGACAACAGCAUGGUCUGAUUGGUCACCAUGCUCUGCUUCUUGUGAUGAAGGAGUUCGUGUCAGAACCAGAUUGUUCUUUUAUUCUGAACAUGAAAAACGGUGUAUGCAUGUCAAUUUACAAGAGAAGGACACGUGUGUAAUGCAGUCUUGUCGGCGAUUUAUUGAGAUUAAUUCAGAGGAGAUUUGUCAAGAAGAGAAACAAGCUGGACAAUGUGCUGGAAGUUUCCCUCGUUACUGGUAUAAUCAUGAGAAGACGCAGUGUGAAAGAUUCAUUUUCACUGGUUGCAAAGGAAACAGAAAUCAAUUUGAAACUGAAGAGGAAUGCAAACAAAUAUGUCUUCCGGGCUAUGAGAAAACAAAGUCACUGAUUCCAAAUAAUCAAUUGUUGGAAGAUUUCGGAGGUGAUCAAGUUGACGAUGGAGGGGAAAGAGUUGAUUGUGAAGUCUCGAAAUGGACUGCUUGGGGAUCAUGCUCUGUCAGUUGUGGACGUGGAAAGAAAACGAGAAGUCGAAGUGUUGUGAAACUGGCCAGAAAUGGAGGACAACAUUGUUCGGAGCAUCUCAUGCAGGAGCUACAAUGCCGAUUGAGACCAUGUCCAGUAAAACUGACAUGUCAAGUUGGACCGUGGUCUCGUUGGUCUCCAUGUUCGGUUUCCUGUGGUGAAGGUUCCCAAACUAGAAGAAGAAGAGUAAUACGAGCCAGGAAUGAUGAUUGGGAAGAGAUCGAAUGUGAUGAGGCUGAGACCGAAGUCCGACAGUGUACGGGUCGCCAUCAGUGUUGA